UGUAUGUAUUAUAUACUACCUUGAUUCUCUGUUUCAGACUCAUUAGUAAUGGCUCUGCACUAUGACAAAAUAGGUGAAAUAUUCUAUUUUUUGCACCAUGCAUCUGCAGCAUAUGCAUUUUUCUAUGUUGCUAUGUUUGGAGUUUUGCCAUAUUUCUCAAAUUACAGAUUACUAUCAGAAAUAUCAACACCACUCGUUAACCAAAGAUGGUUCCUGAGCACACUUGAUUACAAAAAGGACAGCAAACCAUUCAUAAUCAAUGGAGUCAUUAUGACACUUAUGUUUUUCAUCACUCGUCUUGCCUGCAUGCCGUAUUAUUGGUAUAAAGUAUACGAGGUGUACAACACAGAACCAUUCACACGCCUUGGUCAUAUGCAGUAUGUCUUAAUCGGUACAUGCUUUGUGCUCGAUGUCAUCAACUUUCUUUGGUUCUACAGGAUGCUUCGAGGAGUGUACAAUGUCUUACAAUACCUCAUACACAGAAAUGAUAUCCCACUGAAGGAAGAAUGAACUAAAUUAUAUUAUAUUAUAUUAACAUAUUAAAUAUUAAAAAAAAUUUAAAUAAUCUAAUGUA